AUGAGUAAAUACAGCAGAAAGCAUGCAACUUUUACACCACCACCAAAUCGGCAUAAUGCAGGAAAGAAAGAAUGGGAGGGUCUGACUCUUACCUGUAAAGUCAUUGCUGACUCCAGCAGCAUCACCUUCAACCUUACCUAUUACUCCUCCGCCUACAACCACCGUUCCUCCCCCUACGACAUCAUCACCACCACCGUCAACUCCAGCAGUACCGGCACAGUCACCGAUCCCUGCAAUGACUCCCAUCUCACCACCAUCUCCAAAGGCAGCACCAGUCGCCGCGCCAACUGCCCCACCUCCUCAGUCGCUUGCGCCUGUGUUUGCACCAGCAACACCACCACCGGCUUUACCACCACCCCCGGCACCUGCAAAGGCACCACCAGCUCCAGCACCAGCCCCGCACCGCUGACUCCACCACCUUUGCCACCACUAGCACCAACUCCAUUAUCGGCGGUGCCUUCACCUGCUCCAGCUGCACACAAGCACAAGAAGAGGCCUCACAAGCAUAAGAAGCAUCAUCAUGCCCCAGCUCCAGCCCCGAAGCCCCCUAGCCCGCCAUCCCCACCUGUCGUGACAUCUUCUGAUGAUGACAUAGCUCCUGCUCCAUCACCAAAUACGAAUGGGCAAGAUUCACAGUAUCUGAGGGGAAGAAUGACAACAAAGUGGGCAAGAACUGGACUAGCUGUGGUACUUCUGCUGGCUGCUGCAGUCUAGGCAGCUAAAGAUCAUUGAGGUGCUUAUGAUUGCGAGCCAUGGAUUUAUUUCCUUCGGAAGGAAAUUGUUUUGUGUGUGCAAACCAAAAUAAUAUCUCAUGUUAUUAGGAACUGUAAUGCAAGAGCACAGCCUCAAAACUGUCCAAGCUCAGUAUCCACAUUUUUGUAUUGUUUAAUUCUUGGAUCUGCCAGUAUGCAGAUUAAAUACUCGCGUUACAUUAUAAACAUGAGAAGAACGAGGCACGUACAAGAUCUAUUUUUGGUUAUCAAACUUCCUCUGCAUUUGGUUCGGGCUUAAUCUCCUCCCGUAGAUCAUACUCAACUAUGAGACCAAGAUUAUCAGCUAAUUUAUGAUACUGCUCACAUCCUGCACA